AUGUCCAGGGCAGUUUUUGUUAUUUUCAUGGUUGCGUUUGUGGGAUUCAGUUUGGCUCAAGUGAAUUUUUCGCCAAACUGGGGGAAAAGGGCCAUGAACCAAGGGGAUGCCAAUGAGAACAACAAUUGCAGGGAAAAUAUGGACACAAUCAUGCUCAUUUAUAAAAUAAUACAGAAUGAAGCUCAAAAACUGCUGGAAUGUGAGAAGUUCUCGAACUGA